AGCAGCAGCAGAAGCAGCAGCAGCAGCAGCAGCAGCGACGACAGUCCUGCCUUUGAUUCACUGCGACUGCAAUGGGACACAGCGCAGUCUGAGGAUUAUUAGGCGCCUUUAAACUGGGUCUCUGUUUUGGCAGCACACACAAAGCAUGUGGAGGAAAUAAAGAUCCUGACACGCUGACAACCACAGAUUAUAGAUAAUGGGCUGUGUGCAAUGCAAGGAUAAGGAAACAAACAAACUGACAGAUGAGCGAGAUACAAGCAUCUCUCAGGGACCUGGCUAUCGCUAUGGAGCUGACCCCACACCGCAGCACUACCCCAACUUUGGGGUCACUGCCAUUCCCAACUACAACAACUUCCAAGCCCCCGUCGCACAGGGAAUGACCGUCUUCGGAGGGGUCAGCUCUUCCUCUCACACCGGCACCCUGAGGACCCGCGGUGGGACGGGAGUCACCCUCUUUGUGGCACUUUACGACUACGAGGCACGGACAGAAGACGACCUGAGCUUCAGGAAAGGAGAGCGGUUCCAGAUUAUCAACAGCACUGAAGGGGACUGGUGGGACGCUCGCUCGCUCACCACCGGGGGCAGCGGUUACAUUCCCAGUAAUUAUGUGGCCCCAGUGGACUCUAUCCAGGCCGAAGACUGGUACUUUGGUAAACUGGGUCGUAAAGAUGCAGAGAGGCAGCUGCUGUCCACAGGAAACCCAAGAGGCACCUAUCUCAUCCGAGAGAGUGAAACUACAAAGGGUGCUUUCUCCUUAUCCAUACGAGACUGGGACGAUGUGAAAGGCGACCACGUCAAACAUUAUAAGAUCCGCAAACUGGACAGCGGCGGCUACUACAUCACCACCAGAGCUCAGUUUGACAUGCUGCAGCAGCUCGUUCAGCAUUACUCAGACCGCGCCGCUGGCCUCUGCUGUCGCUUGGUGGUUCCCUGCCACAAAGGGAUGCCCCGCCUCGCUGACCUGUCCGUCAAAACCAAAGAUGUGUGGGAGAUCCCACGGGAGUCGCUGCAACUUAUCAAGCGUCUUGGGAACGGGCAGUUUGGGGAGGUCUGGAUGGGAACGUGGAAUGGCACCACGAAGGUGGCGGUGAAGACUCUCAAGCCCGGCACCAUGUCUCCAGAGUCUUUCCUGGAGGAGGCUCAGAUCAUGAAGAAGCUUCGCCAUGACAAACUGGUUCAGCUGUAUGCUGUGGUUUCUGAGGAGCCCAUUUACAUCGUCACAGAGUACAUGGGCAAAGGAAGCCUGCUGGAGUUCAUGAAGGAUGGAGAAGGACGAGGGUUGAAGCUGCCAAACCUUGUGGACAUGGCUGCUCAGGUGGCAGCAGGCAUGGCCUACAUCGAGAGGAUGAACUACAUCCAUCGAGACCUGCGCUCCGCCAACAUCCUGGUGGGAGACAAUCUGGUGUGCAAGAUCGCUGACUUUGGCCUGGCCAGGCUCAUUGAAGACAACGAAUACACUGCUCGGCAAGGUGCAAAGUUUCCCAUCAAGUGGACCGCCCCGGAGGCCGCGCUGUACGGGAAGUUCACCAUCAAGUCAGAUGUGUGGUCGUUUGGCAUCUUGCUCACGGAACUGGUCACCAAGGGCCGGGUGCCUUAUCCAGGGAUGAACAACCGCGAGGUGCUGGAGCAGGUGGAGCGUGGCUACAGGAUGCCGUGUCCCCAGGAUUGUCCCAUCUCUCUGCAUGAGCUGAUGCUGCAGUGCUGGAAGAAAGAUGCAGAGGAGCGGCCCACCUUUGAGUACCUGCAGGCCUUCCUGGAGGACUACUUCACAGCCACUGAGCCUCAGUACCAGCCCGGGGACAACCUCUAGUCCCCCUGUAAGAAACCUGUGAGACACCUUGGCCAUUAAUAUGAUGGUGUGGGAUAGGCAGGUUGGGGGGGCCUCGAGGCUGGGACCACACUGGCUGAAUCAGUGCUGUUAAAAAGAAAACUCUGGAGCCUUGGCAGCUCGGCCUUUAUUUUUGUUAGCUCAGUAUUUCAGUCCCUGGUUGUUUAGUGACGUCUGAACUCUGCACACGGUGACACACGUGGAAGCUGACGGAUGGAAGACGGACGCAACAACCGCCAAUGAAAUACCUGUAUUCAGUGUACAUUGAAAAAAGCUUGUUUUAUUUUAUUUCUUUGCUUCCGUUUAAGAUUUUAUUUUCUCCUGCACAAACAAUUAUAAUAAUAAUAAUAAUAAUAACAAUAAUAAUAAAGGAAAAGGAAGAUGAACCUGAGCGGGCACAGUUAAUGUGUACAUGUAUUAUUCUAUAGUUCCUCUAUCAUUUUCUAGAGAUUGAAUUGAAAGCCUCAGUUUUCUGUUCUUUUCUUUUCCUCAUAAUGUUAAAAUGAAAUUGCUUUGUUCUGUUCAGAGUAUUAACUAUAAGCAUGAUGCAGUCGUUUCCUUACAGUCUCCACUUGUAUACUGUAUGUCACUUUUUUAUGGAAGUAAAUAUGUCUCAUCAGAUUUUUCUUUUUUAAAUAAAUCCUUUCAUGUUCUCUCUGUUUUUCAGAUUUAGAAGUAAAAGAAAAACAAGAAAACUCGAGGUUUAAAAUAUCAGAUUUUUGUUUCCUCAAAUCAAAUGUGAGCAUGCUCAAUAUGUUUAUACUGCUUAUAAAUGUUUAUAUAUAUAUAUGCAGUAUAUAUAUAUAUAUGUUCAACGUGUUGAAAUUUGAUUAGAGUCAACAUCAAAUAUAAGGAAUGGUUUCAAACUAACUUUCAGCCAAUCACACUGUGCUCCAUUGGUCAUGUGACGCUGAUGCAGGAGGUGUUUAUCCUUUUAAACCUGGGAUACUGAAAUGUGAUCAAAUCAGAGCAUUCACAUAUUUGAAACCUUUGGGUUUUUAAGCCAGAAAAGUGAAAAUGAGAUGUUUUUAAAUUUUGAACAGUUAAAUUCCAGUGGGGGGGGGGAAUAAUCAAGUUAAAUCUGUGCUAGAAAUUCUGAUUCAAAUGUGGUGAAUCUCAGCGUAUCUCACUUAUUAUGAUCAGAAAAUCUGGUGUUUUUCCUUUUUUUGUUGAUGUUUAUCUUGAGGAAAUGAAAAGGUUGUUUGGUUUAUUUCAGCUCAUCAUCAUCAUCAUCAUCAUCAUCAUCAUGGUUAUUAUCUGUGUGUGUGUGUGUGUGUGGACAGUGAUGUUCCUCUGACCCACAGCUGAAUGCAGACCACUCAUGGAUAUUUCUGUUUUCCUCUCACUGACAAAGUUUUAUUUCAGGUUUCGAAGAAGAUUUUUUACAGAAGAUUGUUUUACUUUGUACGUUUAGAGGAGCUUUGGGCAUCAUUGACACUGAAGCUGAUGAUUUUAACGUUUGAAUUCAUGAGUUAAACCACUGAGUAGAAAAUGGACUGAAAUGUGAUUGCAGAUCGUUUCAAGGCCAAUGAAAACCUCUUUGUUUUUGUCAGUUUUCAGUAGCUGAAUGCUUAUGUGAUGCUAACUUCUCUCCUUUGUAUCUUUCAUUUCCAUUUUUUAACAUGUGUUAUUUCAGUGAUUUGGCGUUUGAAAAUCAGAAAAGAACAAUAAACAUUUUACACUCUU